UUCGCUGAGAUAGCCAUGGACAGCUGCAAGCACAACGGGGGCAUCAUCAGACCACUGAGCGGCCUGAGCAGCUCCUCCCACCACAACCUCCCCGAGCUGGAUGCAGAGACUCAGCCCCUGCAGACCUUCCCUGACUCCGGCUUGGAGGUGGUUGUCUCCAGGCCGGAGCACAGGAAGGCCUCAGAUGUCUGCCUGGGCAUCGGGGCUGAGCACCGCUCCCAUGGCCACAAGAGAACCCAGAAUGUUGGCUACCGACUGGGCCACCGGCGAGCCCUCUUCGAGAAGCGCAAGCGUCUGAGUGACUAUGCCCUCAUCUUUGGCAUGUUCGGCAUUGUGGUCAUGGUGACAGAGACGGAGCUUUCUUGGGGAGUCUACACAAAGGAGUCUUCCUAUUCCUUUGCCCUGAAAUGCCUUAUUAGCCUGUCCACCAUGAUCCUUCUGGGACUCAUCAUUAUGUACCACGCACGGGAGAUACAGCUCUUCAUGGUGGACAACGGGGCCGACGACUGGCGCAUUGCGAUGACGUGCGAGCGCAUCUUCUUCAUCUCGCUGGAGCUGCUCGUCUGCGCCAUCCACCCCAUCCCGGGGCAGUACUUCUUCACGUGGACCACGCGCCUGGCCUUCAGCUACGCCGCCUCAGCGGCCAGCGCGGAUGCGGACAUCGCCCUCUCCAUCCCCAUGUUCCUGCGCCUCUACCUGAUCGGGCGCGUGAUGCUGCUGCACAGCAAGCUCUUCACCGACGCCUCGUCGCGCAGCGUCGGCGCCCUCAACAAGAUCAGCUUCGACACGCGCUUCGUCAUGAAGACGCUCAUGACCAUCUGCCCCGGGACGGUGCUGCUCGUCUUCAGCGUCUCCUCCUGGAUCAUCGCGGCCUGGACGGUGCGCGUGUGUGAGAGGUAUCACGACAAGCAGGAUGUGACCAGCAACUUCCUAGGGGCCAUGUGGCUCAUUUCCAUCACCUUCCUCUCCAUCGGCUACGGGGACAUGGUCCCGCAUACCUACUGUGGGAAAGGGGUCUGCUUGCUCACCGGGAUUAUGGGCGCAGGGUGCACCGCCUUGGUGGUUGCAGUCGUGGCCCGGAAGCUUGAACUCACCAAAGCUGAGAAACACGUCCAUAACUUCAUGAUGGAUACACAGCUCACAAAGCGGGUGAAAAAUUCUGCCGCUAACGUACUCAGGGAAACAUGGCUCAUCUACAAGCACACCAAGCUGGUGAAGAAGAUCGACCAUGCCAAAGUGCGGAAACACCAGCGUAAGUUCCUCCAAGCCAUUCAUCAGUUGCGGAGUAUCAAAAUGGAGCAGAGGAAGCUGAGUGACCAGGCCAACACAUUGGUGGACUUGUCGAAGGCGCAGAGCGUCAUGUGCGACAUGGUGUCGGAGCUGCAGGAGCGCAACGAGGACCUGGAGAAGCGCAUCAGCGCCCUGGAGGGCAAGAUCGACCUGCUCGGCCUCACGCUCCACGCCCUGCCCGGCCUCGUCAGCCAAGCCAUCCGGCAGCGGCAGCGGCAGCGGCAGCAGCAGCAGCAGCAGCAGCGCGCCGCCCGGCCCGGCGGCGCCUCCAGCGGCUCCGAGUGCUCUUCGCGGACUCCCACGCGGCGGCGGCGGGCCCAGGCCCCGUCCACCGCGCCCCACACCUCCUCGGACAGCGGGUGA